GCGGCCGCGACAGCGACAGCAGAGCUCGGCACGGCUCAGCACGGCACGGCUCAGCUCCGCAACAACACCGCAACAACACCGCAGCGCUCACUGCACAGCCGAACUGACAUCUAAACCCGCUGCUGCAAAACAGCAAUGGAAACCAUGCACGAGCUGAUCCCCUUCGCCAAAGAAAUGCUCAGCCAGAAGCCCAACAGGAAGAUGGUCAAGCUGUACAUGCUGGGCAGCGUGCUGGCCUUCUUCGGGGUGGUCAUCGGGCUGGUGGAGACGGUGUGCAGCCCCUUCAGCUCCGAGGGCAGGCUGCAGGAGGAUGAGGACAAGGAGAAGCCCUCGGCAGCCCCGGAGCAGCGGGUGCCGCAGAAACAGGAGGGUUUGCUGCUGGACAAGGGCAAGGCUCCGCUGCACAGGGCUCUGGUGACCCGGCACCACGCGUCCUAGCCCGGCCUGGCGCUCCCAACACCGCUGAAGGGGACACGUGUGACACUGGCCACGAGGGAAGGGUUUAUUUGCUGCUGUGCAGCAGUGGGAAGAAAUACCUUUUGUUGGUAUGGACCUGUGCACGACGCACAGCGUGGUUUCUUAUUUUUCUUACGGACGCAUUUUACACCGUUUUGCAAGAUCAAUAAAUGUUUUCUAUGGUA